AUGAGCAAUUUCACCAUUAACAGUUACGAGAGUGAGGAAAGUCAAGAACCAAUUAAAAGGUUCAGCCAGUCGUAUAAGUUACCGGCCGGGAGGGUCAGCCAGCUGGGCGACCUGCACCACGACCUGCACCACGACCCGCACCACGACCAGCACCACGACCCGCACCACGACCUCUACGACCUGCACCACGACCUCUACGACCUGCACCACGACCCGCACCACGACCAGCACCACGACCCGCACCACGACCUCUACGACCUGCACCACGACCCGCACCACGACCAGCACCACGACCCGCACCACGACCUCUACGACCUGCACCACGACCUGCACCACGACCCGCACCACGACCAGCACCACGACCCGCACCACGACCUCUACGACCUGCACCACGACCCGCACCACGACCCGCACAACGACCUCCACAGCUCGUGA